AGAUUUGAAAAGUACAAGAAGGCUGGGGAAACCUUGUGCAAAUUAAAGAAUGGCAUCCCCUGGGUUGUCCUUGCUGCUGAAGGUUGUCCGUCAAGUUCAGGGGGUAGUGAGACUGGGGCUGGUCAGGCAAAAUGAGCCAGUCCACAUCCAAAGGUGGCCCACUUGGACUUGGCUCACAAGGGCCACCUACAGCAGCGAUCACAAGGACACGCUCAGUAAAAGUGAACUUAAGAGGAGACUGAAAGCCCAGCAGAAACAAAAGGAGAAAGAAGAGAAGGCCAAAGCAGCUGCAGAGAAGAUGGCCGAGACUGUGGCUAAGAAGGCGGCAGGACCAGCUCAAGAUGCCAUUGAUGAGGAGUCCUUAGAUCCCAAUCAAUACUUCAAGAUUAGAUCUCAGGCCAUCUUGGAUCUGAAGAAGGGUGAUGAGCCUCCCUACCCCCACAAGUUCCACGUGGAACUGUCCCUCAAGGAGUUCAUUGACAAAUACCAACACCUUAAUGCUGGAGACCACCUGACUGAUGUCACUCUCAGUGUAGCAGGUCGGGUCCAUGCUAAGAGGGAGUCAGGCCAGAAGCUGAUAUUCUAUGACCUGAGAGCAGAGGCUGUGAAGAUCCAGGUCAUGGCCAACGCCAGAUUCUACACCAGCGAGGAGGAGUUCUUCAAAAUCAACGGCAGAAUCCGGAGAGGGGACAUCAUAGGUGUUAAAGGCAACCCUGGUAAGACCAAGAAGGGAGAACUGAGCAUCAUCCCCACCUCCAUCCAGCUGCUGUCCCCCUGUCUGCACAUGCUGCCUCAUCUGCACUUUGGCAUCACCAACAAGGAGACGAGAUACCGUCAGCGAUACCUUGACUUGAUCAUCAACGAACAUGUCAGGGACAAGUUCAUCAUAAGGGCCAGAAUCAUCAACUACGUCAGGCGCUUCCUGGAUGAGUUGGGAUUCCUGGAGGUUGAAACCCCCAUGAUGAACAUGAUCGCUGGCGGAGCCACAGCCAAACCCUUCGUGACCCACCACAAUGAACUGGACAUGGACCUGUACAUGAGAGUUGCACCCGAACUCUACCUCAAGAUGCUGAUUGUGGGUGGAAUUGACCGGGUGUACGAGAUCGGCAGACUGUUCCGUAACGAGGGCAUCGACCUCACGCACAACCCCGAGUUCACCACCUGCGAGUUCUACAUGGCGUACGCAGACUACAACGACCUCAUGGAAAUGACAGAGGCCCUGCUGUCAGGCAUGGUGAAACACAUAACAGGGGGGUCGUACAAGAUCCAGUACCACCCUGAGGGGGCCGACAGUGAUGAGGUGUGGGAAGCUGACUUCACCCCGCCCUUCAAGCGGCUGGACAUGAUGGGUGACCUUGAGAAGGAACUCAAGGUCAAGCUACCUGCAGCAGACACUCUGCACACGGAAGAGUCGAGGAAGUUCUUUGAUGACUUGUGUACAAGACUGGAGGUGGAGUGCCCUCCCCCAAGAACAACAGCCCGACUGUUAGACAAGCUGGUUGGAGACUACCUAGAAGUGAAGGGGAUCAGUCCAACCUUCAUCAUUAACCACCCUCAGAUCAUGAGUCCACUUGCUAAAUGGCACCGUUCCAUCCCUGGCCUUACGGAGCGGUUUGAGCUGUUUGUUAUGAAGAAGGAGAUCUGUAACGCCUACACAGAGUUGAACGACCCCAUGGUACAGAGGGAGAGGUUUGAACAGCAAGCCAAGGACAAAGCCGCUGGUGAUGAUGAGGCCCAGCUGAUUGAUGAGAACUUCUGCACGUCCCUGGAGUACGGUCUGCCCCCCACGGCAGGCUGGGGCAUGGGCAUCGACAGGCUCACCAUGUUCCUCACAGACUCCAACAACAUCAAGGAGGUGUUGUUCUUCCCGGCCAUGAGGCCAGACGAUACAAAAGCAGGAGACAAGGAUGAAGAGCUGGCCAACGGACCAGACAAUCCAGCUAACAAAUAGGUGUCAACCUGACAUCACUGCAGGCACGGGAACAAACAUUGCAUUCAAAGCCCACCAGAUAUACUUCAUGUCCUUAGAAAUGUUUACGAAAAUACAUACUGAAUGUCACACUGAAAGGUAUGCUUUGUAUAAUGCCAAUCACUGCAGCUUAUUUGUAGCUCCGGAAUAUGCAAGUGAAAUUUUUUGUACAAAAGUCAGGAUGCCAACUAAAGUACUCUACUUCUGCCAAGUGCAACUAUCAUUGCUCAGAUUCUAAAACUGUGGUACAUCUUUAGAAAUUAAAAUCAAGGUUUAGAAGUGCAUGAUUGAAACAUUACAGUAUGUUGCAGAACUUAAUUAUAGCACUGAAUGACUGUCAGAUGCAUGUAUGGCACAUAGUGAAAAAGUAUUCAUAUGACCAGUUUUACUGUAGGCAAUUUUUACACACCCAUACACUACUAGUUAUUUUCAUGCACAUAUGGGCUAUACAAUUGUAAGUGAAAACAUUAGUUUUUACAUUAAUAAUUAUACCUAUUGUCUAUAGAAUAUGGCCAUUUUUAAAACACUCUUUUGAAAUGCAUCAAGGUUAUGCAUCUACAAAAUACAGUACAUGUAUGUGGUGGUAAAUUUACAAAUAAGGGAGUACACAAAUUAUAGACAAAGUUCAGCAAAAGACUUGUAUGAUUACUUCCUUUUAUUUUAGAAAUGGUUCUUUAUCUGAGAAUACUCCAUACACUCUUCACACAUCAACAUGGAUUUUUACUAAUAUUGCUACAUUAUUUUCUAUUUCCGUGGGAUUUAGGUAGAGAAUUAGAAUUGUGCACAAACAUACUGAACCAUCGUUGACUCUUAUGUUAGCUACAAGUAAUUUGCUCUAAAAGGUGGGCUAUCACUAAACUAUCAACACCUCCAUAUAAAGAUGAGUACUAUAGCAACAAUUGAGCAGUCAUGACUUCAGUUUCCCUUAGCUUUAACACAUCUAUGGCUUUGCGAUGGGUUGGUACUUCUUAUAGUGUUUCAUAUAAUCCUAUCUAUGGCACAUCAUACAAAUAUAGAGCUUCACUUUUCAAGCCCUUCUAGAAAAUGACUUUAUAUCCUUACCAUUCAAAUUGCUUUUCCCCAUACAGGGAAAAAUUGUCCCUAUUACCCGUUUCUUUAUGUU